AAAAAAGGUUUUUCUCGACGAUAUCCUUUCGUCAGUUAUUGAUUGCAUACAAGAAAACGAGCUACAUGUCGUGCGCGUAGUAAGGGUCAGUCACGGUACAGUCGUAGUUUCGUUUGCAGGACUCCUAUGUAUGUGGUUUUGGUAGUUGUAAAGCUGAGAAAAUAGAAGCAGCGCUGCGGUAGAUUUUAUUGAAAAGGUGCUACAUGCCGGAUUCCGGCACGCAACUGGAGCUGAAACAUGAACAUCUUCGCUCGAUUCUAUUUCUGCAAUUACAUGAUCGAAAGUCUUGUCUUUCGUUCGUUCUACUUGCAGCUGCAAGGUAAAUAGAUAUAGAAUAUAACAGUUCCGAUCGGGUUGUAUGGGAUCCUCUUGAUGAUUGACGGCACGGGCCAGCGCGCGGAGAGCAGCAGGUUCCUCUGUUCAGCGUGAAUAUUUUGCGAUAACACGAACGGGUAAAAAGCCGUGCUGCAGCCCUGGAGUAGGCACUCCCACUCGCAGCACCAACUUAUAUCCGUUUGUCGUUGGAUAUACAGCCGCCGCGGUAUCAAGUAAAGAGUGUCCCAGCAUAGGUGUUCUGCUUUAGGACCAAGAGAAGGGUGAUUAUUUGGGCUUCGGGACAAGACAAAAUCAUACGAACCGACAAAAUCAUACGAACCUUGUCAUGGUGGUGUCGGCGCUCGUAGACGUGGUUCGGCGGCUGGGGAACGAGAUCCUGCUUUGGCUGGCGAUCUUUCAGAUCAUUGUCUUUGUUUUCAACCAUCUGAAAAACAAAAAGAAAGAAACAGCCUCAGCAGCCGUGACGACAACCGUAGCAACGGAACAUCACCCGAGCAAUGUGGUGGACAUCAACAACGAUGUGGGGGUACUGCCGCAACAAGGCACGACCCAGGGCUCCUUUAAUAGUGGCACUGGCGCCCCGGCUUUGGAAGGGGAAACCGUGGUUGAAAGCCCUACUGGGGAGCAGGACGUUCAAGGUCUUGGCGACAAAAAUAUCCACGGUCUUUUGGCUCCGGCGCAGGUGGAUCCUACGGAAAAUGGGCUUAAUGCUAGUGACGACCCGACAACUUCUCACGAUGCUGCGGAGGGUGGGAAGGUUGCUGCCGCUUCCACGACGUCGGUGUCGUCUUCGAGCACUUCCGAACAAACGGCGGGAGGCGUCAGCCAGCAGUCUGCGAGUGGCAAAGAGGUUGCGGACGAUCGGAUGGGCCAACGCUUGCGGCGCCGCAUGAAGAAGGGCUAUGGAAGCACGGGAGUAAUUUUGAAAAAGGGUGUUCCGAGCACCAUUCUCGAAGUGGAAGACGAAGAAGGUAAAUACACAAAUAAGCAUAUGCAUGAAACGAACCAAUGUAGUGCAACUAUGUAAAAAUCUAGUUGGUGACUUUCUGCUUUGUCAUCUUGAUCUUUCGUCGAUUUUUCGACGCCGGUUUGUAGUGCUUGUGUGCUGUCGUCAUGCACCAGAAGGAUUCUUUCCAGCCGGGUUAGUAUUUGUAAAAAUACUACGUACUACUUGUUCAUCUGUAAAAUUAUUUCGAGCAGCCUUGUCUACUACGACUACAUCUAUCGUGCCGGCGGUUGCCGCUGCACGGAUGAACUGCAAGAGCAUAAAAAAAGAACGUGGGGUCUUCAGGUGUUCAGUCGUGACAAUAUGAUUGCAGGUAUGGAGGUGGAGCAUCCAAUCGAAGAAGAGGAAGUCGCUGAAGACGCGCCGCGGCAUCACGAAGGGGAGGAUCAUACCGCUGUAGACGGUGCAGCAGUUGUUUCUGAGCAGGGAGGACAUGCAUCGGUAAAAAAAGUGGCGGGCUCGGGGUGUCCUUCCACGGUUGAGGUGACGGUAGGGACCACUCCGGAUCCCGCACUUCCGGGUGCUGUCCUGAGUACGGAACGCGCCUUGAUGGACAAAAACAUAUCACCAAAUAAUGAGCCCACCACGACGUCGGUGGAGCAAGAUCAGGCCGUUGCUGAUGCCACAGGAGACGCGGGCAAUGGCGGUGCACGUGACCACACGUCGUCGAAUCUUCCUGCGUGUUGUCUCAACAACAAGGAGAAGGAGAACGGGCGCAAGAAAAAGAAGAAGAAGCUCCAACUGAAGGCCAUGCUCCAGAAGCAGGCCGAUGAGCUCGCUCGCCUAGCUCCGGACCAGGACUACACGGGGCAGACCUCUUCGGACGGGGGUGGCAGCUUGUCCUCGAACAAGGCACUCACCGAAGGCACUCCUCUGGGGAUAAAUGGUGCAACUACAUUAGCUUCCGACAAAAUCGUAACAGUUGCAGCUGAAGAGAACAAAACCCACACAUCAACAAGUGAGCCAGGAACGCAAGGAGUUGUCCUAGCGGCUACAACCAAUGCUAGUGCGGCAGGGCACGUCGGUCCUGGGGUAAUAAAAAGCGAACAAAGCCCCCUCGACGAAGAGCUUGAUGAUUUGCCGCACCUGGUGGAAUCUCCGUUGGUGGAACACGCCGUGCAGGAAGACCAGGGGGUGACGAAGAAGCCAUGCGCGAUCGGCACCGAUAAUUCCAGUUUGACUGCUGACGGCGGCUCGUCGACCAGUCUGACUGCAAGCGGCAACGGCAAUGUAGGUAGCGAUACGCAUCUUGCUGAUGGUAGUUGUUCAACAAAAAUUUACGGGGCUGUUAAUUCCUCGUCCACGACCGCUGGUGGUAGCACGAAGAGCGUAGAUGAAAAUAUCAAACGAGCAGGGGCUUGUUCAACUUCAUCAACAUCGAAGGAGAUGUUAGAUCUCGAAGACGCCACUGCGCGACCUGGAUAUGCAUUGCAAAAGUAUCGUACUCGUAUAGAUGCAUUACAAAUUUCCUCAGCAUGAGAAAUAAAAUCUGUAAUGCGGAUUUGCCUUCAGAAAAAAAAUUGUAAUGCAUGAUUGCAAUACGAGUACGAUACUUUUGCACAGGAUACUGGAGGCGGGACGACAAAUACCGGAUCGCCGUCGACAGCCGCGCAAGAUGCAGACGAGGAGGUCGAGCUGAGCGAAAAUGAGGCCUCGAUCGAGGAGCUGAUGACUUUGGAGAAGUCCCCUGCAGAGGUGCUUCACGCUAACACGCCAAAAUUUGUGCGCGAUCGGGAAGAAGAGGAGCAGAAACGGUGCCAAGAACAACGAGGACCAAGCGGUGGCGACCAGUCCUCUCUGGUGGGAGCCGACGACACUACCACUUCGAAAUCGGUGGUCGCGCCGCGGUCGUCCGCGGUGGUGGCGGACCCGCACAGUGCGGGGGUGGUUCAUAGCACGGCGGCCAUCUCGCAGCAGGACCUGGCCGAUAUAUCUCAAAUUCACUGUUCACCCGCACACCAGAUGCUUUCUCCGGUGGCGCACUAUAAUAUGGCGGCAGCGUACUACGGAUCCCCGACACCGGGGCCGACGGCUGGUGUGCCGGGCGGGGAUGCCACCGCCGGAGGCUUGUGGUCCCCGGAAUGCGACAGUGAAACAAACGGAAGAUGAGCCCAGUGCAGUCCUCUGUAGUGCGUUUUGCGAACGCGGUUUGCUUGCAAAAUUGGAAUGACAUCGGUGCUUGUUGCGUACACAAGUGUACCUGUGUUUAUAGUGCAUCUCCAUGGUCAUGCUCAGCACAUCGUGUUAUGUGGUGUUCACUCUUUUGCAUUUACAGCGGCAGGUUGACUUAUAGUGCACCUGCACUCUGACGAUUUUACACUUAACUUUAGAGAAUUUGAGAUAGUUUACUUGUGCGAGCCGUGCUCUUUUCAUGGACAUCCCUUGCCAUUGAGCUCGCUGAUUGUUUUGAAUUUCAUAAAAUGCAUCAGUACGCGGAUUUUUCGCAGUGGUACUACCCGCCGAGUCCUUACCACGCGCUGCCGCCGUCCACGCCAUUGUAUUGAAUGAAUUUAGAGAUGAGCAAGAAUGAUAUAGAAAGAAAGCGCCACCGCUUUAACUUUUUCAUCAAGAACGAAAAAUUUGUAAAAGUACUGCUUUUCUCCUCGUGUGUUUCUGAUGGGGACGCAACUGCAACAUCGCAUCCUCGGUAUACGCAUAAUGAAUAAAGAUUUUUUGUCAAAAAAGAAAAAUGUUUAUCACUACAGGUACGCCCCGGCUCCAGUGCAGAAUGCUGGAUGGGAUCAGUGGAUAAUGCCCACGGCUCAGCAUUAUUCCCAGGCGAAGUCAGAAUGUAAAGUUUUAGUUGUUUUUAGAAUUAAGUAGGUACCACCGUUUUCAUCAUGAGUGAUUUUUUUCAUGUUGUUAGGCAAGGAAGUGAAGUUUUUACUGCACAGUUUGCGAUAUAGUGUUUGAACAACAAGAGGCGACCAAGGGUAUACCUGGGUGUGAGGGGGAAAAAAACGGGUUAAUCCGGUUUUUGUCGAAAUCGCGGGUUUUUUUGUCGAUUAACCCGGUUUUUGUCGAAAUUCGUGUCGAAGCCGCGAAUUAACCGCGGUUAUUGUCGAAAUUUUUGUCGAAAUCCGGGUUAAAUAACCACGGGCGACACUGUCCGUCGAUUUUUUUGUCGAAAUUUUUGUCGAAGUCCGGGGUUUUCUAACUUUAACCGCCGGCGUCGGCGGGAUCCGCGGUGGUCGGGUCCGCGGUUUCGCCGGGUUGGUCGAUUUUGUCGAAAUCCGGGUUAUUCCCGGUUUCGACACGGAUUUCGACAAAACCGAGAAUAACCCGGAUUUCGACAAAAUCGAGAACAACCCGGAUUUCGACAAAAUCGCGGAUAACCCGGAUUUCGACAAAAUUCCGUUUGCGGGAAGGUGGCGGCCGCUGUCCCUGGGCGAGUGACCCCGUUCCCUUGUGCUGGGGCUCCCUUGGUUUCCUUCGUCUUUUUUUCGCAAAGAAAGUUUGCCUCGGGCGAGAAUCGACCGCUGCGGUAGUUUCUUUCCGAAAUAAAAGGUGCGGAUCGACGGAGUUCGCGCUCCCCGGAAUCCGACCGGGUCACCCGGCCCUCCCCUUUGCCUCUUUAUCAGGGACCGCGCCAGUGCGGGUGCGGCGGGGCUGCGUCUGGGUAUGUCCGGAGCGGGCACUUUUGGUGCUGCCCCACCGGGGCAGAUAGGGCGCGGGUGGCUGCAACACCCGGAUCGGGUUUUGGGUGGUCAAAGACGGGAUGUUCUCGGUUUUGUCGAAAUCCUGGUUACUAAACCUCGGCUUUGUCGAAAUCCGGGGUUUAGUAACUUUAACCCAGAUUUCGACACAAUUGAGGUCGGGACGUUCGCGCGGGAGCGUUUUGGGUGCAGGUCCAGCGGGGCAGAUAGGGCGGGAUUGAGCCCCGGGCCCGGGUCUGGCUUUGGGUUCGUCGGGACAGCUCAGGUUUUGUCGAAGUCCGGGUUAUGUCGAAAUUUUUGUCGAAGUCCGAGGCUUAGUAACUUUAACCCGGAUUUCGACAAAAUCGAGGUCGGGACGUCCGCGCGGGAGCGUUUUGGGUGCAGGUCCAGCGGGGCAGAUAGGGCGGGAUUGAGCCCCAAGCCCGGGUCUGGAUUUGGGUUCGCCGGGCCACCUCAGGUUUUGUCGAAGUCCGAGGCUUUUGUCGAAAUCCGGGGUUUAGUAACUUUAACCCGGAUUUCGACAAAAUCGAGGUCGGGGCGUUCGCGCGGGUCCGUUUUGGGUGCAGGUCCAGCGGGGCAGAUAGGGCGGGAUUGAGCCCCAAGCCCGGGUCUGGACUUGGGUUCCCCGGGACAGCUCCGGUUUUGUCGAAGACCUCAGGUUCUGUCGAAGUCCGAGGUUUAGUAACUUUAACCAGGAUUUCGACAAAAUCGAUUUUUGUCGAAAUCCGGGUUAUUUUCGAUUUUGUCGAAAAUCCGAGGUUUUCUAACCUUGGCUGCCGACUUUGACAAAACUGAUUUCGCCGACAAUGCAGCUGUGCUCGCUGUCUGCGCAGGCCCGAUUUGCCGCAGGUCGAGCGGGGCAAAUAGGGCGGGGGUGGGCGAGGGAAAGGCGCGAGGAACUGGGCAAGGCCAGGCAAUUGGACAAGGUGCCUCAGCGUCGGCUCUUUCCGGCGUAGGGCCGCCGGGGUAGAUAGGACGGGUCUGCGUGCGAACCCCGGGUCGGAUUUUGGGUGCCGCGUGGACGCGUAUCCGCGUGGACGCGUAUCCGCGUAUCCGCGUGGACGCGUAUCCGCGUGGACGCGUAUCCGCGUGGACGCGUAUCCGCGUGGACGCGUAUCCGCGUGGACGCGUAACUGCGGCGCCCUCGCCUUCUUCGUCGUAACCUACCCGCUUCCCGGUCCGGCCCCGGGGUGCAGGUUACGGCGGCGGAAUCCGACCCCGGGUUCGCACGCGCCAGUGAGGGCGCGGUGGGGCUGCGUCUGGGUAUGUCCGAGACGGGCAAUUUUGGCGCUGCCCCACCAUGGCAGAUAGGGCGGGGGUUGCCCCAAAACCAGGGUCGGGUUUUGGGUGGUCGAAAGCCGGUAUAUUCUCGGUUUUGUCGAAGUGGUUAUUAAACCUCGGCUUUGUCGAAGUCCGGGGUUUAGUAACUUUAACCGGAAUUUCGACACAAUCGAGGAGGGCACGUUCGCGCGGGAGCGUUUGGGGUGCUGGUCCAGCGGAGCAGAUAGGGCGCGGCAGCACCCAGAACCGGGUCGGGUUUUGGGUUCGCCGGGACAACUCAGGUUUUGUCGAAGUCCGAGGUUUAGUAACUUUAACCAGGAUUUCGACAAAACCGAUUUUUGUUGAAAUCCAGGCUAUUUCGGUUUUUGUCGAACUGGGGGAAGGAGGAUUUUUGUCGAAAUCCAGGUUAUUUCGGUUUUUGUCGAACUGGGGGAAGGAGGAUUUUUGUCGAAAUCCAGGCCAUUCCGGUUUUUGUCGAAAUUCCGAGGUUUAGUAACUUUAACCAGGAUUUCGACAAAGCCGAUUUUUGUCGAAAUCCAGGUUAUUUCGGUUUUUGUCGAAAUGGGGAAGGAGGGUUUUUGUCGAAAUCCGGGUUAUUUCGCUUUUUGUCGAAAUGGGGAAGGAGGGUUUUCGUCGAAAUUCAGGCCGAAGUCGCGGUUAAUUCGCGGCUUCGACACGAAUUUCGACAAAAACCGGGUUAAUCGACAAAAAAACCCGCGAUUUCGACAAAAACCGGAGUAACCCGUUUUUUUCCCCCUCACACCCAGGUAUAUUGCGACCAGCGUCAAACUUUUGUAGCCUUCACGCAAAGUGGUUUUUUUUUUGCGAUUACGUGGGGUGUCUGCUCCUAAGAGCACAAUUUUGUGAACAAUUUGUAGCUUCAUGCUGGAGAGAUAACUGCAUCAACGAACAAAUCCAACCUCCCUGGUGUGGUCGUUGCUAAACUACGAUGAAGAACUAGCGCAAUGACUGCAAGGAAGACUUUGCAGCAAGAACAAACGCCAAACAUCGGAUCACAGCGUCUCUGGAGACGAACAAGCAUCCCGAAAAGCAUCACUACCGGCAUCAAGCGUCGCCUCUGGAAAGUGACGCGUCGACGCGCUCGGGAGUUACGACGUCCGACUCGCAGCACUGUACUAGUUCUACGCUCGGCGCCCACGACCAGCAGUCACCCCCAAACGUGAACCAUCUAGAAAUCACCCCUCCCCACAGCGGCUCGCCAGUCCGCGGGACCUGCAAAGCGCGUCGUUCCAGCCAGCAUUGGCCUUCUACUCCAACCCCCCGUGCCGCGGCCAAGUAUGUCGAAGAAGAUGCAUUUGGGUCUGGUACCACCGCGGAGGAAACCUUAGGCUACAGCAAGUCUUCCGCGCCGUCAAUGUCUAGUAUUAGCAUACACUUUCAAAUUUCACUAUCUGCUUUACAGGGCGCCAAAUUUUGCUUUUAACUUUUUCCGAAUUAAGUAGUUCUUUCUCUCAAUUUGUCAACGUAUGUGUUGCUUUUGCCGAAAAUGAUGCUGAUGCCACGGAUCAGAUUAGGAGUUUCAACUUUGCCUUUUCAUAAAAACUUGCGCAAGGAAAAAAGUUAGUUCGGCAAGAAUAGUACAGGUGAAACGUACGUGGAAGUCCAUGAUCUGGUCGAGUCGCAGCAUUGUGAGGAGGCUCUGCAGCGCAUCAAAAAUUUGGCGCCGGAGGAGAAGACAGAGAAUCGCCAGGCUAUGGCCGGCUGGAUGUAUCUGUUUGUGCGCGGCUGUCGCAAGAUGGGCACCGCGAUGAAUGGGGAAAUCGUUUCCUCCUUGUACGAUUGGCUGCAGUUGCGAAAUGUACGAAUCUAAUAUUUUUGAUGCUCUGCCUUUAUCUAUCAACAUAUGGAAGCAAUGACUUACCGGUCCCAGUUUCGGCAGUCAUGCGAUUCGGCAAAUCUGUCGCUCGUGGUGGGUAAGUCUAACUCUACGAAAAUCUACAUUCAUUGAUUUGGCGGAAAGACGAGACUGUAUCCACUCCGUCCCGUACCGCCGUACAUACCUUGAAUGCACGCCUUCAUCUUUGUAAACAACGCAGAUUUUGAUGCCCGCGGCGGAUGUGAAUGUAGUUUUCUUUAUGCUGGGACGCAACCGCGAGUAUGAAUUGCUGGUGCUGCUAUUCCAGAGGCUGGUUACAGCGGCUCUCUCAGAGCCACGCCCAGACCGCACAGAGCCCUCGUUUCCCUGCAUUCCCGACCCCGAUGAGCACCAAGGACCCUCGGCGGAUGCUACUGCGUCCUUGAACCUGGAGGAAGGGUUGAAAGAAGCUGAGGUGGCGCGCGACAUCGUUGGAAGCGAAGAGGAUGGUGCAAAAAAAGGCGCACAGGGGCAAGCAUGUAAGAAUCCAGCUGCAGACGCUGCGGCUGCGCACCGCAGCGUGGAUGUCAAGGUGAGUACGUUUUGUUGGCCGUUCGAGAGCAGGAGGUUCUGAUGAUGAUUCAUGUGGAUGUAUCACUAUUUUCACUGCAUAUGCAUUCUGACUACGCAUACGAUUCCUGUGAUGAAUAUUUUUGAUGACAAGCGCAGUAGAAGUAAAGCUUGCUGCAGAAGUACGUAAGAGCCUCUAAGGGAAGUAAAUGAUUCCAAAGGGUUGUGGCUGCGCCAUUCAAGCGGCAACGGAGCUUGCGUCCGUGGACAUUCUGAAGGAGGUGUGUGGGUUGAUCGACUCUCUAGUGGAGGAUGCAAAUGCGCGGCACAUAGACCCACCGGUGAACGAACGUCUCUACUACGCGAUAUUGGGGCAUUGGGCGAAGCUCGGCGAGCUCGGGCUGGCUGAGGAGGCCUUGCAUCGCGCUCGUGCAACUAACUGUGUGAACUCUCGGUUUUAUCAUCUACUGUUGUCCUCCUUCGCGAGCGAAAAAAAAUGGGGUAAAGUGGACGAGAUUAUUCAGCUCUCCAAGGGCAGCCUCACCUCCCGGCAAACUUUCAACCUACGGGUGGGUGCACAAUUUCACUGUUUUGAUGAUCAAAUGCAAGCAACAAAAAGGUUUUAUCUGAUGUGACACAAGUGAUAGAUUUGAUUCUUCCCCUCCGUGCACCUCUGCCAUUUGGAGGAAAAGCGAUGAAAAUUAUCCUCCGGCGAUGAAUUUAUUUUCAUUCCGACAGGUCCGGAUGGCAUCGGAACAGCAGGAUUUGGGCGGUAUGCGCGAGCUCAUGACCGAGUCCAAACGGGAAGACAGACCUAUGGACGAGUACGCCUACUACCAUCUUCUGAAGGGGUUCAUUUCGAAGCGCGAAGUGUCUCCGGCAGAGGAGCUCUUCCGUGAGAUGGAACUGGAGGCCGCAAAGCCGCUGGAAAAAACAAAGCUGCAGUGCGGAAUCGGCUGCCCCGUCUACGUCCUCAUGUUCGAUCUCUAUUUCAAAACGAAGAACACCGACAAGGUAUAAUUCUGAAUUCUAAAUUAUCGUUUGGCCUCCUUGUUGAUGGCAGAGCAGAGGGGUCCCCACUCGGGUUUUUAGAACCAUUUUUGUCCGUUUUUUUUUGCGAAAAAGCCCGCACUACUACGUACUAUCAAGAAAUGUGUAUUCAAACUACAUCCAUUUUUGCAGGCGUUAGAGCUCUUUGACAAGGUCCGGGUCCGUGGCAAGGCGACGCACGCCAUUUACGCACAAAUGGUGCGAAAUUUGACGUACGCCGCCCGCUGGCCCGACGCAAUUGCGAUCCUGAAAGACAUGAAUGAUAACGGCCUGGCAGACCUGGAAAUCCACGGCUUGCUCGUGAACAAACUGUUCGAAGCGGGGCGCCGGUUCGAGGCCUCGCAGUUAUUGAUGGACAAACGGUAGCCUGUGCAAAAGUAUCGCCGUCGCACUUACCAUCUAGUUGCAAUGAUCUGGCAUAUUUUUAUAUGGGUGAAUCUAUCUUGUUCCCAUCGAUUUCUUUGCUACAACCUCAUCAUCUACUUUCAAGAGCGGUUCCAAGUUGCAGUUGCUUUUUCCUGAGAACUUUCGUCAUCGUAAAAAUGCAACCUAAUACUAAAGAUCCGAUGAAGAUUUUGCAAUGCAUAAGCGGCCGUUGGAGUCAAAACACACCAAAGAGAAGCUUCCACUUGCCGCGUCGUCCACAAUCCUGAUCCGCAGUGCGGGGCACUUGCAGUGUCUCCACUUUGCCUUUGGCGUUUUUUUCCUCUACCGGGAGGCGAAAAGCUGUGACAGCUUCAUGAUGAAUUCUCUGAUCGACGUACCCUGUGUAAAAACGUGUAAAUUCAAAUGCCCAGUAUAUUGGGAUUUUACGAAGCAAUAUCAGAAAGGCGAGUAUUGACGCAGCUGCAAUAAUUAAACUUCACUGCAACCGCAAUGCUCCGUAUCUAGGCUUGUCAUGCGCAACUUCUACAGCCAUACCCAUAACUACUCCUUAAGUUGUAUAAAUCAAAGUUACCAGCAAUGCCAGGCUGGCUACGGGGUGGGCACCACGUUUUCGCACAGGAUAAGAUGCCUGCAUCGUGAAUUUCCGUCCGCGGAAGGCGAUUUCCCUGUACACCCAAAUGCGGGACGACGGUUUGGAGCCCGACUGCGUGACCUACAACACGGUGAUUCGUGCCUACGCGAUAUCAACCAAAAAAGCGUUUUAACGGGAGUUGGCAUGUAGUGAUGCACGACUAGAAAACAGAGCGCGAAAAAGAAAAUUUGUAUUGCAUAGCAACAUCUUGCAUCAUGUUUAGGCAAAAUUUGACACCAUGAUCUCCUCGAUGACUGCAAUCUUUGAAAACUGUUCAAAACGUUAAGGCACUUUUUUGUUUGAUACGCGAUGGAGCGGGACUCGGACAGCGCCUUCAACAUUCUGGACGAAAUGCGACGCAACGCAGUGCAGCCCAACGUGGUCACCUACAACACGCUGGUGCACACCUGCGUGCAGCUGAACCAGUUCGCUCGAGCGUGGCAGCUGGUCUCCGAGAUGCAGUCUCUCAACGUACACCCCGACUGUGCGACCUACACGAGCCUGAUCUCGGCCAUCAAGCAGAUGAAAGACUAUGGACCCUCGGUGUUCGGCACCAACCCCGGCACUGCCGGGACGAACAAUGCUUCCAGUGUUGUUCAACACCAGAAUCAGCAGGUCUGGAACGCCAACACGAACCAGUGGGAGCAAUACAACACUCCAGCCUCAUCAUCUUCCGGAGGGGCUUCUUCAAACUGGGGACAGUCCUCGCAAUGGCAAUCUUCCUCUUCCGCGGGAGCGAGCGGCUGGUACGCAAAUAAUGGAGGUGGAGGGGGGAAGGGCCAGCACAACAAUAAAUGGAACAAUCACAAUUCGUACGCGGGGGCAGGCGGCGGAUACGGGCAGCACAACCGCAGCUAUAACAAUGGCGGACACUUCAGCGUUAUCAAAUGCAAAAAUGUCUGGGUCUGGAAGAAUUCAUGUCUGUCAUGCUUGUCUGGCAUGACUCUUAAAUCUGUCAUGCACGUUACCCAAGAGCUCCGUUUUUCUGUGAUGCAGAAGCGCAGUUUGUCAUGCAGAAUAGGCAACACCUAGGAGCUCAGAAACUUGUCAUGCUGAGCCAGCAUUUGUAGCCUCAUCAUGAGACGCCACCCAGCAUCACAAGUUUCCAGACCCAGACAUUUUUACAUUUGAUAAGCGUCAAGCAAGAGGUACUGGAGCGGGCGUUCAACGACGUGUGGAAGCUACAGCAGAUAUCAUAUGUAAAAACGUCCCCACCCCAUAGUCAAGUUGGGAACUUAGCAACACAAAUCCAGAAGUUUUGGGAGCCACGCGUGACAAGUUGCAGUCCGCAGUGUAGUGCAUGUUAGCAAGGACAUCCGCAUCUGAAAUCCAUCUGCUUAUCCUGUUUGCAGCAUUACAAAUGCCAAAACUCGAUUAGAAAUGCCUGUCAUGGGGAAGCGCAUUACAAGCGCUCCUGUCAUUGCAAAUUUGCAUAACAACUCUGGGGUUAGCGGCCGGGAGAUGAUGGCGAUGGCACUUUGGUGUCCGCCUGACCUACCCCCCCUGCGUGUCAAGCCAUCUGCGGCCUGGGGCAGAGGGGGGGGCAAAGUGUGCUGCAAUUCCUUUAGCAUAACAACUCUGGGGUGGGGACGUUUUUACACAGGAUAGCAGAAUGGGAGCCGCAUCGACGGAGUACUCGUCCGCGCUUUGCUCGACGCUUGUGCGCAUUGCGGGCGCCCUAUCCCAGGGAAAAAAGCUAGCGUAACUAUAUGCGAAAAUGAAUAUUCAUGUAUACGCACCAGAAAACUUCUUUUACACGAUGUGAUGUUGUCAGCCAAUGACAGACUCAUCUUGAUGCACGGAAGAAUUGAGAUGAUGUACUAGGUUCAGCUUUUGUCUCUGGGAUACGCCCUGACCUGGCGGAACAAAUUUUCGAGCUUAGCCGAGACCUGCUGAAGUUCUCGCAGUUCGAAUAUGGCCUCCUCAUCAAAUGCUAUUCCCAGCAGCGCGAUCUUGAGUCUGCUUUCCGGGUAGAGCUCUUCUUCAAAUAAAUUGUCUUUAUUAAUAGAUACUGUGAUCAUUCGCUCACGCUCGGCCACGGCAUACGGAAAUUCGGAUUAUGUAGAGGGAGAAAAUAUAAGAGCUCUUCACAACGUCAACGUGAACGGAAAGAGCCUAACGGUGCUAGAGGUGAUGUGACGAAAUUUUGAUAUUCCAUCCGGCACGUGUUUAUUCUCCGAUAUGAUGAUCAUCAUCAUGAUUUCGAGCGUCGAGAAUCAAAAUACGUAGUGUACUAUCGUAUGUAAUAAACCGUAAUCGUAACGAAGAAGGCUGCUAAUAAACAAGGCUUUGCUUAUUUUGACUCUCCAGGUGAAGCAGCGAAUCGAGCUGGACAAUUUGCCACUGAACGCGGUGCUUUUCGGCGCUCUGAUUGACCUGUGUUUGAAGAUGUCGGAAGACCGCAAAGCAGAGGAACUUUUCGAGGAGAUGGAGGCCAUGAACAUUCCGCACUCGAUCAUCAGCAUGAGCCUGAAGAUCAAGAUGUACGGGCGCUUGAACAAGCCGGAGAAGGCCAUGCAGGCCCUGUACCAGAUCCAGGAGCUCAACCUACCCCCGGGGAUUCUCACCUUCAACUCCGUGAUCGACUCGGUGGCGCGGACCGGUGGCCACCACCACUUCCAGGAGAUCCUGCAGAUGAUCAAGGCCUACGAGCUGAGUCCCAAUGGCUGCACUUACUCCAUUAUUGCCAAGGGGUACGCCCAGGGGGGCGCGCUGGACAAGGCCCUUGAAACGUUCCAGAUGAUGGAACAGAAUGGCUUUGCCGCGGACCCUACUCACUGCAAUAAAUGUGUCCAGGUUUGGAAGGGUGCGAACUUGUUGUAUUUGUUCAUGCAAACUCUGAAUCACAGAGACAGGACAUGCAACUACUUUUCCAAAUAGUAGAAACUCGCUCGGCACGACGCAUGAGUGGCAAAAGUUGUCCAUUCCUACGCAAAUCAUACAUAGCGAAUUUCAAUUUCUCACACGGGACAGGGAUCAAGGGGCCUGACGCUGACGAGCACAAGUUCGAAUGGUCUUUCGUGCAUUCCAGGCUAUCCGCUUCCGCGCCAUCCAAACGCUGCAUGACCAAGAACGCGCGCAACCUUCCAGACCCAGAUAUAUUUGCAAUGCAUAGACCCGGUCACUUACAACUCCCUGCUGGACUAUGAAAGUGUAGAGCGCACAAGUGCACCUGCUUCCCUUCCGUGAUGCAUCCUAUAAUUUUAUACCAACUGUACUGUCACUGUCAGGAGUCUUUGUCUGUCAGCACCGUUCGAAUUUUUUGUUGAUAGCGCCAAUUCUUUUUCUCGCUGCUGCUCCUCUAAUAAAUAUCAUGAUGCCCCCCUUCAUCUCCCAGUAGUUGAAGUAAGGGGGAGGCGGAGCUGUGCGCUCUCAUAGCGAUGGAUGUGCGAAGGAGGGCAAGGUGGAGAUUGCGGAGCGUCUCCUGGCGGAGAUGACGGAGAAGCGAGUGUACCCGAAUGCGAUAACGUGGAGCAUCCUGGUAAAGCUCUACGUCCCCAUCGACAUCCAUAAGGCCUACGGCGUGCUCGAGCAGCUGAAGCAGAAUCAGGGCAAAGGCGGCCGGCACGGGUACCAUGGCAAGUACCACCACCAGCACAGCACAUACGACGAGUACGGGGACUAUUACACGAAGAACUGCGCCAAAACCAGCAGCCAGAACGAUAAGGACCCGCUAUCACCCACAAGUUAAAAUGCCCCUGCUUUGUAGAACGCGGCACGAAUCGUUCGCGCCCCGGAAUGAGCCGCUGCGUACAACAAGAGUUCCGCCCGCGGAGACUGUUUUUUGCUGCCGGUUGAGGCAAACAUGCAGCGUACAUGAAGUUAUUGUUGUUCUCUGCCUAGGUCGUAUUUCGCACUUGCAUAAAGGACUCCUCACGUCGUUUUUCCCAGGGAUAUUUAUUAGAAAGGGUGAAAUAAGUCGUGAAAUGUGGAGGGAACAAGCAGGUUGAAAAACUCCGUUCGCAGGAGUUCGAUGGAAGCAAUUCAAUAUUUGAAUCUUAUCAAGAAUAAAAUAUAGCGACGCAGCUGCUUUUGCAGAUACAUUUUGGUCGUACGAGUUUUAAUGGAUUCUUUACCUGCGGGGAUGCAGCGCGCGACUGUGGCAGGGGCAUAUAAUUUCUCGGGUAUACUUGUUGCGUGUGGUGUACUCUGCCUUUGUGCAUGCGCUUGCCAACCAUGGGGACUUGGUUCGCGGAAAGAGUGUUUUGCAGCAGAUGGACCAGGAGGGGUUUCGUCCUGAGGGUUACCAUUACUCCGCGCUCGCGGUGGCGGCCGCGCAUCAAAAUAAGUUGACUAUGGCGCUGGAAUUCGUGGAGCUGGCAGCAGCCAAGAAGCACUUUCGGGCGUGUUUGUUGAGCGCAAAAACUUACCAGACACUACUAAAGGCCAUCGAUCGCAAGCGUGACAGCCGGGCGCGAGAGCGGCUCCAGCAUUUUUCCGCGGAGGGGGUAUUCCAGGGGAUGGGCGGGUCCACGCAGGCAACCGCCGGCCCGCAACAUCACGCCACAGCCCAGCAGGCAGGACAGCACCACCUGGGCAGUAGCUGCACCGCUCCCACUAUCCUAUCAAAAUCCUUUUACCUGCAAGUCGAAGCGAAAUUUGCACCGACGUAGUGUAUCUACAUAUUGUAAAGAUGACGGCUCGCAACAUUUCUGCCUCACCACUGCAUUUUCUGAUUUUAAGUAUUUAGUUCCCAAGCUCCUGUGCUGGUGCUUCUGUAUGAACAUUGGGACUGUGUUUCUGCGCUGCACUUUAAUCAACUUACGCGGUCGGAAAAGUAAUAGUAAAACAGACGUCCGGCUCUCGUGGUGCAGUGCAGUUGCGCGAUUUAUAUGAGGUAUUGAUAGAACAAGAAUUGCUCGCAACACAGCAAGACUUCUGUUUGUUGCACCAUAAGGAGCAAAUCUUCGGUGGCGCAGCAGAAUCAACAUCAGCAAGUGAACUACCUCCAGAACAGCGGAGUAACGGGUGCAGGUCUAUGUGCUCUAAACGGAGCGACGGGAGCAGGUGUUUGUGGUCCUCACGCAGGCACGAUGAGCGCUGGAGGCGGUUCUUACGCAAAUACAUCAACGUCCGCGGCUUACGCCCCCGCGGAUAUGCACGGUAAUUGUGGUACCACCGGCACAUCCGCGGUACUCGGAUCUCAAGCGGAGCACGCAUACCACCAGUAUACUGGUGCGACCGCGGCACGGGCUAUCACAUCUUCGGCCGGUAACACUACUGGUACAGGGAACACGUUGAUGCCUGGCGCUGGUGCUCCACCGGCUUUCGUGGCCGUGGAUCAGAUGCCGUCGUCCACACUGCAGGCGCAUCAUCAGCAGCAGAGCCAUCAUCUUGUUCAACAGCCACAGCAUCAUGCGUACGAUCACACCAACACAUCGCAACUGUAUGCUCUCUGCAAAGCUUUCAGUCCAGUCAAAGCUGUUUUUUGUGACGUCAGACCACAAUAAGUAUUUUAUUAAAAGCGAGUAAAGCCGACGAAGGACGCCGCGGCGCAAGAACACGUGAAAAAACAAAAAGACUACGCACAUGUAGUAUAUGUCUUCAUCUUCUGCGUCCUGUAUCUUUAUCUAAACUUUUGACUGGGUCUGAGAGCUUUGCUGGGAUAAUCUGUCUUCCUUCAGCGCACCCCCAGCUGCAUCGACGUCAUUUUUGAUGGAAUCGCUGAACCACAAGACGUCGCCAGUAUCCCCUUGCUACCACUGAGCACUCGAUUGGAGCGGCAUUCUUCACACACAGAGACACACACAAGACGCACUUCAUGUUGCUGUGGUCAUCCCUAUGGUGCCUCCACGUUGGAUACGUUAAAAACACUAGCAAAUACAUAGAGACGAGGAGAACCACCUGACGUCUCGGCUUUCCUCCACAUUAAUAUCAGAAGAUCGCGGGACAAUCUAAGACUUAGAGUCGAACAGAUUAUAAUCAUCAAUAUCAGAAGAUGAGCGUGUAAGAUCUAACGAAGCCUACAGCGUACCUGGGUACGCCAAAAACACCUAUUUAUAGUAAUUCCCAUCAUCUCCGAGUUCUAGACCUAUCUACUAUACCAAG